GAUGCAUUCAAUCUUCUCAACCAACAAAUGAUGUUGUUGAAUCAAAAGGUGGAUGGCCUUAGUUUGGGAGUGGCACCUAUGGGAGAGCCUUUACAUACCGUGGAAGAUGUCAAUUAUGUGCAUCAAGGAGGGAAUCAAAGGAACUUCUACAACUAUCGCCCUAACAAUGGGGGUGGUAAUUACCAAGGCUAUCGCUCACCCUUCAAUGCACAUCCAAACCUUUCUUAUGGCAAUCCAAACAAUGCUAUCCAACCACCUCCACCACCUCGUUUCCCUACACCUAGUGGGUCGACAAGUGGGGCCGCUAAUGUGCCCACCAAUUCUAAACCUUCAAGUGAUGAUGUCACCCAUGAGCUUCUAAAAGCUCUAAUGGAGAAGACCGAUGGAAUCAUGACACAAUCUACUAAGAGAAUUGAUAAGGUUGAGACGGCGGUAGUGGAGGUCACCACGAGAAUGGGGGCUUUGGAGCAUCAAAUGAGUCAAAUUGCCCAAGCCGUGGGCCAACUUCAUCAACCGGGGCAAUUCCCAAGCAACACCAUUCCUAACCCAAAGGAUUGCAAGGCUAUCAAUUUGAGGAGUGGAACAAGCUAUAAGAGCCCCCCUAUGCCCGAAAAGGAAGCUAUUGUGCAACCCGAAGAAGAAGAGACAAUAGAAGUGGAGGCAUCAACGAAGAGCCCACCAAAAGAUCAAGCCGAGACAAUAGUUCCUCCUAAGCCCACGGAAGUUAAACUUCCUUUCCCUCAAAUGAUGCAAAAGAAAAAGAAGGAUGAACAAUUUUCAAGAUUUUUGGAUAUCUUUAGGAAAGUUCAAAUUAACAUCCCUCUUGUUGAAGCACUUCAACAAAUGCCAAGUUAUGCAAAGUUCCUCAAGGAUGUGGUAUCACAAAAAAGGAAAUGGGGGCACUAUGAGACGGUCAACUUGACGGAGAGUUGCAGUGCAAUUAUUCAAAGGAAGUUGCCGGCCAAAAUGCAAGAUCCGGGAAGCUUCACUAUUGAGUGCACUAUUGGAAAUUGCUUUGUGGGGAAUGCCUUGUGCGAUCUAGGGGCUAGCAUUAAUCUUAUGCCAUUGUCCUUCUUCAACAAGUUGAAUAUUGGUAAAUUGAGAUCGACUAGCAUUACUUUGCAAAUGGCGGAUAGAUCGGUGGCAUAUCCCUCGGGCAUAGCAGAAGAUAUAUUGGUGAGGGUGAAUGAGUUCAUAUUCCCCGUUGACUUCGUGGUGUUGGACAUGGAAGAGGAUAGAAUUGUACCUCUUAUUUUGGGAAGACCGUUCCUUGCCACCGGGAAGGCCAUGAUCGAUGUUUCAAAAGGGGAACUUACACUUCGUCUCAAUGAUGAGAGCGUGACAUUUUCGAUAUAUGAGGCCUUAAAGAGGCAUGAUGCGGAACCGGGAGGAAGCCUACAACAUUGCAAUGUUGUGACCGUGAUGGAUGAGUGUGUUGGAGGAGUGACACCGACCUCUUACUUGGAUGAUCAAUUAGAGAGAUGCAUUUCUCAUUCCAUGUAUUCUUCUCAUUCUUUUGAUGUUUUGGAUGCUAACCCCGAGUUGUUGGAAUUUGUAGGUGCUUUGGACUCGGCUAAAGAAAUCCCUAGAUCACUUCGUCCACAAUUUCUACCUCUUAGGAGUGGAAGUGAAGAUAGCAAUAAAGAUGGGGAAAACAAGAAGCUUGAGUUGAAGCCACUUCCACUACACUUGCGAUAUGCCUUUCUUGGAGGGAAUGACACUUUUCCGGCAUUUGAGAAGCUCAAGGCGGCGUUGGUGAGUGCCCCAAUCUUGAUCUCCCCCGAUUGGUCUCAACCUUUCGAGAUCAUGUGUGAUGCAAGUGAUGUGGCGGUAGGCUCGGCUUUGGGACAAAAGAGAGACAAGAUAUUCCGGGUGAUAUAUUAUGCUAGUAGGACAUUGGAUUCGGCUCAAGCUAACUACACCACUACCGAGAAGGAAAUGCUUGCGGUGGUCUACUCUUUUGACAAGUUCCGCCCUUACCUAAUUGGGGCCAAAACUAUUGUCUUUACUGACCAUGCCGCCAUCCGCCAUCUAUUUGUUAAGCAAGAUGCAAAACCAAGGCUUAUAAGGUGGAUCUUGCUCCUUCAAGAAUUUGAUUUGGAAAUCCGAGAUAGAAAAGGGUGUGAGAAUGUGGUGGCGGAUCAUCUUUCAAGAUUGGAGCAUGCUAGUGAAGAGGAAAAAUUGAAGUUGGUCAUCAAUGAAGAAUUCCCGGAUGAGCAUUUGUUUUAUGUGGCCAAGGGUCAAGUGGCAUGGUAUGCCAAUAUUGUGAACUAUCUUGUUGCUAAGGUGAUUCCCGAAGGACUUGAGGACUAUCAAAAGAAGAAGUUCUUCCACGACGUGAAGUUCUAUUUUUGGGACGAGCCUUGUCUUUUUAGAAGAUGUGCCGACAUGGUGAUUAGAAGAUGUGUCCCUCAAGAGGAGUGGGAGUCCGUUAUUAUGCAUUGCCACACCGCACCUAGUGGGGGGCAUUUUGGAGCUAACCGGACUGCUAUGAAAGUGCUCCAAAGUGGUCUAUUUUGGCCAACCAUCACCAAAGACUGCCAGGACUACGUGAGAAGAUGCAACGAGUGCCAGAGAAUGGGGGGUGUUUCUAAGAAGAAGGAGAUGCCAUUGACGACAAUUGUUGAAGUCGAGUUGUUUGAUGUGUGGGGCAUUGACUUCAUGGGGCCCUUUCCUCCAUCUAGUGGGUUCCAAUACAUUCUACUAGCCGUUGACUAUGUAUCAAGGUGGGUGGAAGCCAUUCCUACCCAAACUAAUGAUUCAAAGGUGGUGAUUAAAUUCGUUCAAAAGAACAUAUUCACGCGAUUCGGCGCACCUCGGGCUAUCAUAAGUGAUGGAGGGUCUCAUUUUCGCAAUAGGUGGCUAGAGGCGGUCUUAGCAAGGCAUGGAGUGAAGCAUCGGGUGACAACUCCUUAUCAUCCACAAGCUAAUGGUCAAACCGAGUUGGCCAAUAGAGAGAUCAAACAAAUAUUGCAAAAGAGUGUCAAUGCUAACCGUAGAGAUUGGGCUCUCAAGCUUGACGAUGCUCUAUGGGCGUAUAGGACGGCUUACAAGACGCCAAUCGGGAUGUCACCUUAUCAAUUGGUCUUUGGGAAAUCAUGCCAUCUCCCGGUUGAAUUGAAGCACUCAUCAUAUUGGGCGGUGAGGCAAAUGAACAUGGACUUCACCAAGGCCGGUAAGGAAAGGAAGCUUCACCUCAAUUUACUUGAUGAAUUUAGGAAUGAAGCUUAUGCUAAUUCCUCAAUCUACAAGGAGAGAAUGAAAACGUAUCACGACAAGAUGAUUGAGAGGCGUGAAUUCCACAAGGGGGAUGCCGUGUUGCUUUUCAACCACAAGUUGAGACUCUUUCCGGGCAAGCUAAAAUCUAAGUGGUCGGGACCCUUCACUAUCAAGGAGGUCAUGAGCAAUGGCACAAUGGAGCUCAAAGGACCCGAUGGAAGCACGUUCAAGGCAAAUGGUCAAAAUCUCAAGAGGUUCUUUACCAAGGAGCAACAAGACGAGGUCUUUGUGGUUGCCUUGAUUGAGUAGUGGAGCUUGCAAAGCGUCGGGCAAAUGACGUUAAACAAUUGCGCUAUGGGGGAGGCAACCCCUAGUAGGUAAAAUUUAUAGCUUUUGUGUUUUUGGUGUGUUUUUAUUUUGUUCUUGUUUUUGGUGUGUUUUGUGUGUUUUAAGUGGAACAGGAGAUAGGCUUUGAUGGGUGAAAAGCGGACA